AUGAAAUACAACCUCCAUAGUUUCUCUCUUUUCAUAUUCUCUCUCCUCGCCUUCUCAUCCAAAAUCUGCCGCGGCGCAGACUACCAAUACGAAGCCUGCUUGCCAACAAAUUGUGGCGGCAGCGGUCCCAACAUAAGCUUCCCAUUCUUCCUCACAUCUCAACAAUCCUACUGCGGCUACCCAGGCUUCUCGAUCAAAUGCAGAAAUGGAUUUCCACUGCUUCAGCUGUCAGAAAACGAGUAUGUAAUCGACGACAUUUUCUACCACAACCGAUCUCUACACGUGUUUAACGCCGCAGCGCUGUCAUUAUCAUCGUCGUCGUCGUCAAACUGCUCUCAGGGAUUAAUCAGAAUCAGAAACACGACGCUCCCUGCCGGCAGAUUCAAUUACGUCGGGGGCGAAAAUCUCCUUCUGUUUUCGAGAUGCAGAAACGCGACGGGCGAUCUGCUGAGGUACGAGGUUGGUUGUAAUAGCAGUUCUAGAGAGGGAGUUGCUUUGGCUAUGUAUGGCGGCAAUGGGAAUGUGGGGAGAGCGUUGCGCACGUGCGAGGAGAGUGUUGUGGCACGUGCGGAGUUGAGUGGGGAUGAUGAAGUGGUGGAUGUUGCGGCGGUUUUUGAGGAGGGGAUUUGUGAUGAAUUGGACGGCGAGUGA